AUGCCCCAACUGAGAUGUCCCUUCGAGGACUGCAGAUGCGUCGUGGCGUCCAUGGACGAGAAGCGAAAAAUCCAAGUGCCGGAACAGGUGUACACCAAAAUGAAACUUUUACAAAACUCGCGUGAGAGGACCCUCCGAGGCGGCCAGUUCCUGGUCUUCGACGACGUAUGGGACUUCGACAACAUCGGCGUGUCGCGCAGUUUGCCAGUCGAGCUUCGCAACGCGACGUCGGGUUUCGCACUCGACGACGACUCGCUCACUGUUAACGAGGUGUCGAAAUACCUGAUCUGCGCAGACUGUGAUAGAGGCCCUUUGGGCGCCGUGUGCGAGGUGAAAACCGCGGAUGGAGGCGUGAAGGUGGUGCACCUGUUGAGCCUUGCAAGCGUGGAACUGGAGCAGUAG